UUAGAUAUCAUCAUGCAAACCACAAAACCGCACGUAGCCCUGUUGGCAAGCCCUGGUUUGGGCCACCUGAUCCCUGUGCUCGAGCUUGGCAAGCGCCUGGUUACCCACCAUAACUUCCGAAUCACAAUCUUUGUCUUGGCAUCUGAAACAUCAACCGCACAAAACCAACUUCUUGAACCAUCCAACAUGGACGUUCUUAACAUUGUUUCCCUCCCAUCAGCAGAUAUCUCUACCAAAGUCGAUCCAGGUGCACACAUGGUAACCAAAAUAGCCGUCAUAAUGCGCGAGUCCUUGCCAGGCCUGCGUUCCGCUGUAGCUGCAAUGAAGUCUCGCCCAUCAGCUUUGAUUGUGGAUUUGUUCGGGACUGAAGCUUUACCUGUUGCCGAUGAAUUCAGGAUGUUGAAGUACGUUUUCAUUGCUUCCAAUGCAUGGUUUCUUGGAAUCACUGUUUACGCUCCAACCGUUGAAAAAAUGGUGGAUGAGCAGCACGUUAAGCAGCAAAAGCCUCUGAAGAUUCCAGGGUGCAAACCGGUUCGGUUUGAGGAUACCCUGGAAGCUUAUCUGAACCGAAAUGAUCAAUUAUAUGGAGAAUAUGCACGUGUAGGGCUUGAAAUUCCAGAAGCUGAUGGGAUUUUGGUGAACACUUUUGAGGACCUGGAGCCCGCAACGCUUAGAUCCUUGACAGAUGCAGAGCUGUUGGGCCGGGUUGCUAAAGUACCCGUAUAUCCAAUUGGUCCGGUUGUGAGACCGGUUGGACCCCUGGUUUUAGCUGACCCGGUCUUGGAUUGGCUAGACAAGCAGCCUAGUCAAUCAGUGAUUUAUGCCUCGUUUGGAAGUGGAGGUACUUUGUCAGCCAAGCAAAUGACUGAGAUCGCUUGGGGCUUGGAACAAAGCCAACAAAGAUUUAUUUGGGUGGUUCGUCCUCCCGUUGAGAACGAUGCAUCCGGGACUUUUUUCACUGUUGGAAACGAUUUGGAUGGUACCCCGGAUUACUUACCCGAAGGGUUUCUGACCCGGACCCAUGAUAGAGGACUACUGCUCCCAAUGUGGGCUCCACAAACAGAUAUUUUGGCCCAUCCAUCAGUUGGUGGAUUCCUGUCACAUUGCGGAUGGAAUUCAACCAUGGAAAGUCUAAUCAACGGGGUACCUCUUAUUGCUUGGCCGCUCUACGCGGAGCAAAAAAUGAAUGCCACAAUGCUGACGGAAGAGCUUGGCUUGGCAGUCAGGCCAAAGGUGUCGACUUCAAGCAGGAUAGUGGAGGGGAAAGAGUUGGAGAUGGUGGUGAGAAAGAUCAUGGUAGACAAGGAUGGACAGCAGAUAAGAGAUAGAGCCAAGGAAUUAAAACAUAUUGCACAAAAGGCCUUGAGCAAGGGUGGUUCUUCUUGUACUUCACUUUCCCAAGUUGCCAAAGAGAUUGAGAUGAGCCUCAAAGCAAAGGCUCAAGGUGCUUAA